GAGCGAAAGGACGAAUUGAUCGCUCAGAGAGCAGAGUGCAGAAGUCGGCAGAGGUUGAACUGAAGGCAAGAAUUUGAGGGUUUGGCUCAGAACCGAGCAAAUCAAGCCACGAAGCCAUACAUCGAUAUGGCUGAUGUGGAGGUAGAACCGGUGGCUGCAAAAAUGGAGGGCCUGGAAGUUGAGAAAGUCGCGUCUGCCCCAAUGGAGAAGUACUCGCAGCGAGUUCUUGUGAAGACGAUCCUCGGGAGGGAGGAUGGUGGAGUUGGAUUGUUGGGGCAGACAAUUAUUGUCGGUGGAUGGGUGAAGACAGGCAGGAGUUCGGCAAAUGUCUCUUUUGUGGAGCUGAACGAUGGAUCUUGCCCUGCCAACCUUCAGGUCGUUGUUGAGCCUCACAUAGAAGGUGCAAGCCAUGUCACCUUGACAGGAACUAGCAUACUUGUGGAGGGCUUUUUGAAAGAACCUCCUACUGAAGAGUUGAAAUUGAAGCAGAAAGUGGAGUUGUCCGUGGUGAAGUUCAUCCACAUUGGAACAGUGGAUUCGAAGAAUUAUCCAAUUUCGAAGACCAGGCUGAAACUCGAGACUCUUCGAGAGUACCUUCAUCUUCGACCACGGACCAAUACGAUCUCUGCCAUCGCGAGAGUUCGCAACGCCCUUGCUUUUGCUUCCCAUACGUUUUUCAAUCAAAACAAAUUUCUGUAUGUCCACACUCCGAUCCUAACGACGAGCGAUUGUGAAGGCGCGGGUGAGAUGUUUCAGGUUACAACUCUGCUUAAUGAUGCAGAGAAGAGAAAGCAAGAAAUCCCCCCUACCCUGAUGGUGAUGCCAGGAGAGUCUCAGCCUGAAGCUUUAGCCAAAGCUCCCAAGUUGAUUGCGGGUAUCCCCCACAGAGAAGAUGGGAAGAUUGAUUACACAGCCGAUUUUUUCGCAAGGCAAGCUUUUCUGACAGUGUCUGGUCAGUUGCAAGUGGAGGGCUAUGCGUGCGCCCUUGGCAGCGUAUACACCUUUGGACCUACUUUCCGGGCUGAAAAUUCUCAUACUACGAGACAUCUGGCCGAAUUUUGGAUGAUCGAACCUGAAAUCGCUUUCGCAGAUCUCAAGGAUGACAUGAAUUGUGCCGAGGACUACAUCAAAUUUUUGUGCCAGUGGCUACUUGACCACUGCUUAGACGAUAUGGAAUUCCUAGCUAAAAUGUACGACAAGACAGCUGUGGAAAGACUACGAAUGGUUGCUUCCACGCCCUUCGUGAGAAUAACAUACACGGAAGCUGUGGAAACCCUCCAAAAAGUCAAGAAGAAGAAGUUCGAGAAGAAGGUGGAGUGGGGUAUUGACUUAGCGUCGGAACACGAGAGAUACCUGACUGAGGAAAUAUACAAGAAGCCUGUUAUCGUGUACAAUUAUCCUAAAGAUAUCAAGGCUUUCUACAUGCGCCUGAACGAUGAUGGGAAAACUGUGGCUGCCAUGGAUGUUCUGGUUCCUAAGGUCGGAGAGCUUGUUGGUGGAAGUCAGAGAGAGGAGCGGCUUGAUGUUCUCAUUCAGAGAUUGGAAGAGAUGAAGCUGCCAAAGGAGCCAUACGAAUGGUAUUUGGACCUGCGUCGCUUUGGUACUGUUAAGCACGCAGGAUUUGGGCUAGGAUUUGAAAGGAUGAUCCUGUUUGCUACUGGUAUUGAGAAUAUUAGAGAUGUAAUUCCGUUCCCAAGAUAUCCAGGACGAGCAGAUCUGUGAUCGAGAUUAGCAGAAAAUUGUAGCAUACACGAUUCUUCCUCAUAGAAUGAUUGGGUAGAUUGAAACAAGGGCAGAGUAUAUCAAGGUAUAGACUUUGUUGCUCUCUACCAUUCUAAUCUAAUCAAUUUUCCAACCAAAUCAUCCUGCCGUUUUCUGUUCUCCACAU